UACCAUAGGAAACACAGAUGGGGCUUUGUACCUGCCUGGGUCUUUUCAGGACUUCUAAGGUGUUUCACCUUUCUUUUAUAAGACAUCUUCCCAGCAGUCCUUACAGUCUUUCAGUAAUUAGACAGACGCCACAAAAUGACUAAUGAGCUUUGCAAUUAAAUGGAGAAAGUGGGAAGGUUCACUGCCCCCACCACCACCCACCCCUUCCAACGUGCUGUGCUAAUCUGCCAGUUAAUCUCUCAUUGCCAGUGCAACAAAGGCCUGAGAGCCACACUCCACAAAGCUGCAUGGCCGAUCUGGACCAUGUGUACCACUAUCAUGGUCAUUACAACACUGGCCAUAUUCUUCAGGCGCCGCUUCUUUAACCGAGUCAAACCACACCCAGAAGAGAUUGAAGACAAGGAGGUGACAAAGCGGCGAGGACACACCACAGACAGCUCCCCAUGCAGCUAGCAACUAAACACCACAGCCCAGGAAACCACACUGAGGUAGCAGUGCUGGGCAUGAUGAGGUGUGGAACUUCACUGGGCAGGAUAAGGAGUGAACAUCAAUGGAAAGAGCCCAAGAGUAAACCUACUGGGCAGA